AUGUCGGCUUUUCUGCAGAGCUUGCUGUCGUCGGCAUUCCCCAACGUCAACCCCCCAGGGGCGCCCAAGGGAAGCUCAAGGCCCGCUACGACGUUUAGAGCUUCCGCCAACCCUGUGCGCGCUGCCGCUGCUGUCGCUGAUGCUGAUGCGACAACGGCCGCCACUUUCCCUUUCGGACAGGAUGCGGUAACGCCUGCCGCCUUCAACAACGAUGUCUCGGCACCUGGCUUUGUCGUCGCCAAUAACACAGCCGUCGCCGUUCUCGCGGCCACCGUUUGCCUGUGGUUUGUGUGGUACUUGACGCGCAGGCGCAGUCGGAACGCAAAGAUCAAGGCCGCGGCGCAAGAUGCUGCGCGCGCCCAGUUGGAGGAUGAUGCGACCCGCAAGGUAUUGCAGCAGAUGGUUGACGAGCGGACUGCUGCCUUUGAGCUACAAUUCCAACAGACACUAGACGAGCGACGUCUUGCCGAACACCGGGAGGAUCCCGACUUUGUUGCCGUGGAAGCCACUCUAGGUGAGCGCAUCAAGAGCCUCGAGGCCAGCUUCGAGAAGACUCUGAACGAGCGCCUUGAGGCCAUGGAGGAGGCCGUCCGGCGCCGCGUCAAUCAAAGGGUUGAAGCCAUGGAGACGCGGAUCAAGCUGGAUCAGGAGGCCAUUGAGAGCUUGCAUCACGCCAUCAAUCAACGCAUGGAGAUCCUGGAGGAAGGCGUUCGCAUCCUUGACGGAAAGCAGCUGGAUCAGGAAGCUACGCACAUUACUGCCCGCUCUCUCAGCGUGCGCCUCGAAGCCGCCGAGAACACCAUUCAGGCAUUGGACAACAAGACUCGCGCUACAAGCCAGAGAAUCGAGGCCAUGGACGACAGCUCGAGGGUAGUUGACAGCAGGACCAAGUCGCUCAGCCAGCGUGUCGAGGCAGUCGAGGACAACUUGAGCGCAGCCGAGGGCCAGGUUACACUGCUGUCGCACGAUGCCAACCGCGGUGUCGAGGCGAUUGAGAAACUGCAGAAGCACGUAAGAACAUUACCUGGAAACGAACGCCUGCGCGACUUCAACACGGCCUGGGAGGAGCGUUUCAAGGAGCUGGAGCGCCGCUUGGAGCAGAACCAGCUGGCGAUCGAAGAAGUACACUAUGACUCCGAACAGACCUUGACAUGGUCUCACAUCGAGGCUCAAUCCAUUGAGCCUGUUGGACCUCUUUAUACUAGACCUUCCUACGAGCAAGAACAUAGCUUCAACCACUCACCUACACAAUCAUUUGACGGCUCUCUGCCACCCACACCUUCAUCCAGCAGCCGCUCGUAUUCCUUCUCGAGCUCGACACCGGGCACCUCAGGCAUUCCAAUCUCUACGCCGACAAAUUCAAAGAAGUCACGUCGCCCCGUGGUGCCCAUGGUGGAAGACAAGGGCUUCACAGACACCACUUUCUCGUCCAGACAAAAACUCUUUGCCGCACGGAGGCAUUCGAGGUCGAUAUCCAGACAACAUUCUCUUGCAUAG